UAAAUCUUCUAAACGUUUUAAUUUCCCAUCCGUUUCAUUUUCCCAUUAUUAACCUAUUCACGCGAACGCGAAAGAUGAUACGACGGCUACUACCUUCCCCUAUUCUUCUUCUCAUUCUUCUUGGCUCUUCCUCCUCUUCGUUUCUUCGUGUGAAAGCAGCAAAGCUCGGUGGGGGAAUGCAGUGGGAGAUCGUUGGUUGUCUUUUUGGAUUUUCUGUUUUUUGCAGCAGGAGAGCUCGGUGGGGGAAAGCGGGAGAGGUCUAAAGUAGUUCUUCUAUUUCAGGAGUUAGAUAAGAGACUAGCUAGAGAAAAUGGUUUCGAAUGGAGAAGGUCCACCAAGGGGCAGCGCAGCAGCAGCAGCAGCUGCUAACUUGCGGAGGCGGAGAACAGGCGGCGGCGGCGGCGGCGGUGCUCCUGCCGGAGGAGCUGCAUCCACAAUGCUACAGUUCUACACUGAUGAAACUACAGGUCAUAAGCUAUCUCCCAACACUGUCCUUAUUAUGAGCGUGGGAUUCAUUGCUUUUGUUGCUUUGAUGCAUGUGUUUGGUAAGCUCUAUCUUGUUCGCAGCUGAUCUCAACUGAGAUUUUAGCUCGUUUAAUAAUCUGAUUUGAUGAGAAAACACAAACUGUAUACUUUUAUUUCUCCAUGGAAAUCUUAAUAAAUUGCUUUUGAACUGCAAUGUUUAGGAAA